AUGGCCGCCACCCCCAGUACGGUAUACCUGCCCGUCGAGGCACGCAGCAUUCGCCUGCUUCACCUUGACGCCGGUCAGCAUGAUGAUCCCAUUCGAUUUUCACUCGACUCGGUAUCAUUAGACUCGAACCCACGAUACGAAGCAAUCUCCUAUUGCUGGGGCAGUCAUAACUCCCGACAAGAUGUUUCUUGUAUGGGCAUCCCCAUGUCCAUCACCACUAGCCUCGGGGGCGCGUUACGAGAAUUCCGACACAGCUUCAUGCAGCGCAUCCUUUGGGUCGAUGGUAUAUGUAUCAAACAGGAUGAUGAGAACGAGAAGACUUGUCAAGUACGCCUGAUGCAAGAGAUCUAUGCCAAAGCAACACUGGUCCUGGUGGAGCCGGGCUUGAUCUCCGACAUUGCGAACUCAGACGGCAGAAACGGUCGGCCGAGUAUCGAACAGAACGACUGGAACGCGAUAUCCCAGCUCAUCUGCCGUCCAUGGUUCACCCGUAAAUGGGUAGUACAGGAAAUUGCAAUGGCACGAGAAGUUCGGCUGCACGUUGGCGGUGGUGUUCAACUACCUUGGCUGGAAUUGUCAAGUCUCGUCGCCAAGAUUUAUUCGUUCGGCGUGAUUCCUCUCAUCAUCAAAGAGGUCAGCUCAGGGGAAGAUGGGGCUUUCGCAGUGGGGCUGUACCACAUUAUGGUAAUGAAAAAUAUUGCAUAUGGACGUCUGAAUGGACAGGGCACACUAGUAGACGCGGCGAUUAGGACAAGAGGCUUCUCUUGUUCAGACCCACGUGACCAUAUCUACGGAUUGCUGAGCUGUGCCAGCGAAGGACCCUCGGUCGAUCCAGACUAUACCUUGAGUAUUGAAGAGACCUUCAAAAUGUUCACCCAGGUUAUGCUAAAAGACGGGCAAAAUCUCAAGGUGCUCAGCCUGGAACCUCACAAAAGUGAUCGGUUCCAUCCUCGCAUCCCCAGGGACAGGACCGAAUUGCCAUCUUGGGUGUCAGACCUCCGCCGACCGGCUGAUCCCAUGGCUAAACCUUCUUUUAAUGCUACAUCAUACCACGCAGGAGGUCCACAGAAACCAGUGCUUCGGAUAUCCGACGAUGGGUGUCUUCUACACUGCCAAGCAAUCGUCGUGGACGAAAUAGAAGAUCUCGUGCCGCCGAUGUACGAGAUGCUCCUAGACGAGAUGCCAGAACUAUUCAAAUCGUGUUCUACGUCGAUCAUUCCUUCGGACCCAUCUCCAUGGCGCCAUCGGCGACGCUUCCAACGGUGGUUGUGGGCUUGCUACAAUCUGGGUUACAGACACGCAUCUGUGCUCGAUAAAGCAAGCAGGAAGGACGCGUUCUCGUGCACAUUGCUACGCGACCAGGGCAGCAGUGCUGGCGGGCAAGCAUCGGCGGAGAUGAUGAGUGCAACUUUCAAGUAUGUGGAAUACUUGCUUUUUAAAGACGAAACAUUAUCACCCGCGCAUAGGCUUGAUGAGAUGCCUAAAUGCCCCAAGCUAUGGGCCAAGAUCGAUACUGCGAUAGGCCAGCGCUGCAUGAUGCGCAGCUUUUCUAGCACUACUGGUGGUCGUCUAGGCCAAAUGCCUAUCGGGACGGAAGAGGGUGACCUCAUAUGUAUUCUGAUCGGCGGGGAAGUGCCAUUCGUCAUUCGACCGACGGAGCCCGGCUCAACCAAGUAUCAUCUCAUCGGAGAUUGCUUCCUCAACGGUGCCAUGAACGGCGAAAUGCUCGUGCCGUUUCAGAACGCUACGAGAGAAAUCAUAUUGGCAUGAAGUUUUGAAGUCAAAAGGCCAGUCGAGGGAACAUUCUGGUCAACUGGUUGACAACUGUUGCCGGACGAUGGUGAAGGAAGAGCUACCGACCCAUCCACUGUGGGAAGCUGGCGAACCAUUCGGGCGUGUGUAGUUAGACUUGAAGCUUGCCAUGUUUCGUGCUGGACCCUGCUGUGGGGUUAGAAGGCCUGAUAAGCAGCUGGUUGGGAGG